CCCCUCCUCGCUUCCUUCGUCCCCAAAACUCCCCAAUUCUCUCUCUCACGAUCUCCCCUCCAUCUUCUCCUCCAAGGCCUGGACUCCUCGCCGAGAGCAAAAUGACGAAAUUGCCCCUCGUCCCUCUCGUCAUCGCCGCCCUGGUGGCGGCGCUGGUGUCCCCGACCGCCGCGGAGAUCAAGAGCCUCACGAUCUCCUCCGACAACCGCCCCAUGAUCCUCUUCGAGAAGUUCGGGUUCACCCACAGCGGUCACGUGACCAUCCGGGUCUCGCACGUGUCCGUCACCUCCAAGCUGAGCGACAUCAACCCGUCGCGCCUAGGCUUCUUCCUCCUCUCCGAAGAGUCCCUCCUGCAAGUCCUCGUCGAGAUCCAGCAGAACCCUCAGCUCUGCGUUUUGGAUUCGCGCUACAUAACCCAUCUCUUCAAUUUCAAAGAGCUCUCGCCGCCGCCCCUCUCCUCGUUUAACCACUCGUACCCGGUCUCUGCUCCGAACGAGUACAGCCUCUUCUUCGCCAAUUGCGCUCCGGAGACCACCGUCUCCAUGCUUGUACGGACGGAGGUCUACAAUCUCGACCCAGAUGGUGCGCGUGACUAUUUGUCGGCCGGGUUGACCCAUCUUCCUUCUCUGUUCUUCGUCUUCUUUUUGGCCUAUUUGGUGUUUGUGGGCUUCUGGGUCUACCUCUGUUACACCAACAAGAGAUCCGUGCACCGGAUCCAUCUUUUGAUGGGUGGGCUGCUUCUGAUGAAGGCGUUGAAUCUGAUUUCCGCGGCGGAGGACAAGCACUAUGUCAAGGUCACCGGUACCGCCCACGGAUGGGAUGUGUUGUUCUACAUCUUCCAGUUCCUCCGUGUCGUUUUGUUGUUUACGGUGAUCGUUUUGAUCGGGACCGGGUGGUCGUUUUUGAAGCCCUUCUUGCAGGAGAAGGAGAAGAAGGUGUUGAUGAUUGUUAUCCCUCUGCAGGUCUUGGCCAACGUGGCGUCCGUUGUGAUUGGGGAAACUGGGCCGUUUAUCAAGGACUGGGUCACCUGGAACCAGGUGUUUUUGUUGGUUGAUAUCAUUUGCUGCUGUGCUAUCAUAUUCCCCAUCGUUUGGUCCAUUAGGUCUCUCAGAGAGACGUCGAAAACUGACGGAAAAGCUGCAAGAAACUUGGCCAAGUUGACCCUUUUCAGGCAAUUUUACAUAGUCGUUAUUGGGUACUUGUAUUUCACAAGAAUCGUCGUUUUCGCGCUUAAGACCAUUGCAGCUUAUAAGUACCAGUGGGUGAGCAAUGCGGCUGAGGAGAGUGCAAGUCUGGUGUUUUACAUGGUCAUGUUCUAUAUGUUUAGGCCUGUGGAGAGGAACGAGUACUUUAUUCUUGAUGAGGAGGAAGAAGAGGCUGCUGAGAUGGCUCUUAGGGACGAGGAGUUUGAGCUUUGAAUUGGGUAGUGUUCAUUUUUUGCUGCCCAUCUAUAUUUGACUAUGUUGCUGCUGAUGCUGCCCGUGCAAUAUUUUGAGUUCCGCUUAUCGGAUUUACUGAUAGAAUUAAUGAUGGGUCAGGUCUGCUGCUCCUACUCUGUUGCCUCUUUUGUUUUCCUUUCAAUUGUAUUAUUGUUCUUUUACAUGUUAUAAGAAGUUCUCUGUUUAAGAUACUCUGCCUGGUAGUUUUUGUUUGAUAGGAUUUUGAAUUGAAAGAUGGUGAUAAUGAUUUCAAUCUAUAACACUGAUAAUGAUUUCAAAUUACAAUGCUGAUAAUGAUUUCUGCUGCUUGUAUCUGUUUA